CUCACGAUAGAGACUGUUCUUUCUAGGCACAAAAAAGAAGAAAGAAGAAAGAAAUGCUCGGCUCGUUCUUCUUGUCGUCUCGUUUUUUUUCAACACUUUGAGGCUGCUAUAAAAAGGUGGCAUUAGUUUAUUAUAAUAUUUUUUGUGCGUCUGAUGGAAAGGUAAAAAAAAGUUUCCGCAACAAAGACACUCGUUUGCCCGAUUAUCGAGUAGUGAAUGAAACUAGGCAAACAUCAUUCGAGGAUAUUUUUUCCAACACGAAAUCGCUUUGAAACUGUGGGUUGAACUGUCGUCGAAGCAUACGCACUGAGAUGAAGGUGAUGGUGGUGUUGAUAACUGUUCUGCUGGGGUUCUUCUCCUUCUGUUCAGCUCAACUAGAUGGUAAUGAUUGCACUAAGGCUUCAGCUCAGUCUUGUGGUGAAUGUAUUCAGGUUGGAGAAAAGUGUGGCUGGUGCACCUAUGAGUCCUUUCUGAAGCAAGGUGAAUCAAAAUCAACACGCUGUGAUGAAAUUGAGGCUCUGAUUAAGAAGGGCUGUCCUACGAACAAUGUGGAAAAUCCUCGAGGGACAGUCGUGGCCAAUGAGAACAAAACGGUCACAAACCGUAAAAAAGAUGUAGUCGAGAAACUGAAACCGGACCAGAUCACUCAGAUUCAACCUCAGAAGCUCACACUGAAUCUAAGAGCAGGUGAGCCUCAAAAAUUUUCCCUGAAGUUUAAAAGGGCAGAGGAUUAUCCCAUUGACCUGUACUACCUGAUGGACUUGAGUUACUCCAUGAAGGAUGAUUUGGAGAAUGUGAAGAAUUUGGGAACGGACCUGAUGCGUGAGAUGCAGUCAGUCACAUCUGACUUCAGGAUUGGUUUUGGUUCAUUUGUGGAAAAGACUGUGAUGCCCUACAUCAGUACAACCCCUGCUAAGCUGCUGAAUCCCUGUACUUCCGAUCAAAACUGCACAAGCCCCUUCAGCUAUAAAAAUGUAUUAAGUCUGACUGAGGAUGGUCGCCAGUUUAACAGCCUAGUCAGCCGGCAACAGAUUUCUGGAAACCUGGACUCACCCGAGGGAGGCUUUGACGCCAUCAUGCAAGUUGCUGUCUGUGGGGAACAGAUUGGUUGGAGGAAUGUCACCCGACUACUAGUGUUUUCAACAGACGCUGGCUUUCACUUUGCGGGAGACGGUAAACUGGGUGGCAUUGUGCUUCCCAAUGAUGGAAAAUGCCACCUGAAGGAUAAUCUAUACACAAUGAGCCAUUACUAUGACUACCCUUCAAUUGCACACCUUGUACAGAAACUGAGCGACAACAACAUUCAGACCAUCUUUGCUGUGACUGAGGAGUUCCAGCCUGUCUAUAAGGAGCUUAAAAAUCUUAUUCCAAAGUCAGCUGUGGGAACGUUGUCUGCGAACUCCAGUAAUGUGAUCAAACUUAUCAUUGAUGCCUACAAUUCUCUGUCAUCCGAGGUGAUCCUGGAGAACAGCAAGCUGCCUGAGGGAGUGUCCAUCUCAUACGUGUCCCACUGCAUAAACGGAGUGAGUGAAACGGGAGACAAUGGAAGAAAGUGCUCAAAUAUCUCCAUUGGUGAUGAGGUGACCUUUGACAUAGCCAUCACCUCUAAGGGCUGCCCAUCACAUGGUACAUCAGAGGUGAAGAUCAAGCCACUGGGCUUCAAUGAGGAGGUAGUGGUUGUUCUAAACUUCAUCUGUGAGUGUGAAUGUUCCAAAAAAGGAAUACCCAAAAGUCCUGACUGUCACUUUGGCAAUGGAACCCUCGAAUGUGGAGCAUGCAGAUGCAAUGAGGGACGUAUUGGAAGGGUUUGUGAAUGUAGCAAAGAUGACGUCAGGGCAGAGGAUCUGGAUGCAAACUGCCGCAUGGACAACGGCACAGAUAUCUGUAGCAACAAUGGAGACUGUAUCUGUGGAACAUGUGAAUGCAAGAAGCGAGACAACCCAGAGGAGCGGUAUGAAGGGAAGUACUGUGAAUGUGACAACUUCAACUGUGACCGAUCCAGCAACAAACUAUGCGGAGGUCAUGGUCAGUGUGUAUGCAGAGUGUGCGUGUGUGAUGCAAAUUACACAGGCAGUGCAUGUGAUUGUCCCCUGGACAAGCAGCCCUGUGUGGCCAGUAAUGGGCAGAUCUGCAAUGGUCGUGGCACCUGUGACUGUGGAGUGUGUAAAUGCACCGACCCAAAGUUCCAGGGUCCCACCUGUGAGAUUUGCCCCACUUGUCCUGGAGUCUGCACAGAACACAAACCCUGUGUUCAGUGCCGUGCAUUUAACACUGGAGAGAUGAAAGAUGAAUGUGAAGAGAAAUGCAACUACUUUAAACUAACAAUGGUGAAGGAAAAGGAGGAUCUUCCUCAGCCAAACAGCAAGCCCUAUCUCAGUCACUGCAAAGAGCGUGAUGCCAAUGACUGCUGGUUCUUCUUCAUUUAUGCCACCAAGAAUGACAGUGUUGAGGUCUAUGUGGUCGACCAGCUGGAAUGCCCUACUGGUCCUGACAUUAUCCCAAUUGUAGCGGGUUUGGUUGCAGGCAUCGUUCUGAUUGGUCUGGCCUUGCUUUUCAUCUGGAAGCUGCUCAUGAUUAUUCAUGACCGCAGAGAGUUCGCAAAGUUUGAGAAAGAGAAGAUGAAUGCCAAGUGGGAUGCGGGUGAGAAUCCCAUUUAUAAGAGUGCAGUGACUACCGUGGUUAAUCCAAAAUACGAGGGAAAAUGAGGAACAAAUGGUCUAUAUCAAACACUGUGUCCAAAUAAAUUCAGGAGCAAAGGA